GGAAGAGAGGGACGCCGACGACGACGUCCAAGCUGGACAUCCUUCUGUACACGACGUGCGCCCUGUACGUGCUUUACUACGUUCUGGCGUUGGACCGCCGGCCGCGCCUCGUCUGCCGCCUGGGGCGCAUGCAGCGCUUUAUGAGCAGCGGAUUGGGCACGUUCCUCAACGCCUUUUAUCGAACGCCCAUCUGGUGCGUCGGUGCCAACUUCCAGUCGGUCGUGAGCUUCCUGUUCCAGAGUUGGCAGCCGGAACUGUCCUAUCGGCGCGAGUACCUUCUCCUGUCUGACGGCGGCAGGCUGGCGCUGGACUGGCUUAACGAAGAUGAGGAGUCGCUGCCCGUGCUGCUAGUGUUGCCGGGCCUGUGUGGCGACAGCCAGGCCUACUACCUGCGUUCGUUCAUUCCGCUAGUGGAAAAGCUGCGCUGCCCCUGUGUCGUCAUGAACGGACGCGGCCGCGGAGGUCUGCCGCUCAGCACGCACCGCAUCACUCACAUGGCCAGCGUGGGAGACCUUACGGAGGUUGUGGACGAGGUGCGCCGACGAUACCCCAACCGAGCCCUGUUGGCGGUGGGCUACUCGCUGGGCGGCUUGCUCAUCAGCCUGUACCUGAUCAAGUUCGGAGGGGAGGCGCGAAUAGACGCUGCGCUGGCCAUCUCGACGCCGUUUCACUUGGCCACCGCCAAGCGGAAUCUUGAGCAGUGGUGGAACUCCAACUUCGGCUUGCUAAUAUACAUGGCCAGCAACCUGGUUGAACACCUCAAGGACAACGAGGACGUGCUUCGAUUCUGCGAGGAAGUGAACGCGGACGCCGUUCUCUCCUCAUGGACGCUGCAUCAGUUCGACAAGACCUACACGGCUCCGGUAUUCGGCUUCAAGUCUACGGAGGAACUCUACGAAAGCUGCAGCCUAAAGGGCAAGCUAUCUCGCGUCCGGCGUCCGCUGCUGUUCCUGCUGGCCGGCGACGACGUGUUCGGCUCGCCAGAAACCUUUCCCGAAGACGAGAUACUCGCCUCUCCCUGGCUGGCCGCCGUGGUGACACCGAGCGGCGGCCAUCUGGGCUUCGUCGAAGGCUGGCUAUUCCCACGGUUACCGUUUUACGCGGAGCGCUUUGCGGCCGCAUACGUGCAGGAGCUGCUGCGUGUCGUCGAGAGUGGUGGUCCCGGCGGGCUCGCCCGUCUAGGAGAGGACAUAUAACCUGCGCCCUUCGAUUACACAGCGAAACUAAAUUCCCCGAUGUUCUUCCUGCAGAUUUCUGAGCGUGGUUUCUCGGUCUGACUUUCCAACUACCAUUUUCACUUUUCGUUGUUGCACAAGAAACUAGGGAGAAGUAUAUGAGGCACUUGCAGACAACGUACUCAGGAAUUUACUGCAGCUCUAAUUAUGUAAGGCAGGAUACUCGUUCAUGAACAUACUUCAUAGAGAUUACUUCUCAUAAAUUUCCCAUGUAUGAUAUCGUCUUUCACGCUCACUUGUCAAAGGACUUCUUCGGCACAUCUCUUAGUAAUCCAUAGCUCACUUAUGCCCGUUUCCAAGCUUAAAAAAGUAUUUGUGCCCGAAAUU